CUCUUCAGACCACUAAACCUGCUGCCUCUGACCGGAAAAAUGGAGAUUAAUCCACACCUUUGUGAUUUGCUUCGCUCCUUGUCAAGAACACCAUUUCUCUAGGACAACAAGAUGGAUGCUGUAGUUAGAAGUGUAGUGUUUUUAAAGGCGUAGAUUGGCAACGUGAGGGACCAUUAGUGUUUGCCAUUGAGUAGUAGCACAUUAGCCUGCAGUGAGCAUAGCCCUUGCCUUUCUUUAUGCCUCUCCUGUCUUUUUGACAAUCACUUUCUCAGACCGGAAUCCCAACUCCUAUUUGGUUGGUUUUCUUCUCAUGAAAUACAAUAAAUUAAAACCUACAGACCUUUUUUUAAAAAAAAGAAAAAGAAAUCAAUGUCAUAUUUGUGUUUAAUUUGAAUCUUGUGCUGGUAUGGAUGGAAGUUGAUGCUGGUCAAUUGUAACAGAAGAAAAGGCACUUUGUAUCCCAUAUGUGAUAUCAUGCAAAAUCAAUUAUGCAGUCUUUUCCUCUUGGCUGUAAAGAGCAUGGAGUCCCUAUAGGUAAAAUAUAUUUCCAUGUUUCCAUUCUUUCACACAAACAUAAGGACGUUUGUGGGUGUUUUUGAGCAGUAACCUAUGGGUAACCAAGCACCGCCAGGUACGUCAUGGUUUUUGAAGAUGCAUCACCAUGGAAAUCACAUAGGAAAUUCUCUGUCACAUCUUUUUUUUUUUAUCCAGUCCAUGUGUAUGGUCAUGUAAGCCGAGUUCAAUGUAGCGCAAGACAUCACAGCCGACUUCAAUGCCUUUUGAAAGACACAAUUAAAAUAGAGAUGUCACACCGCAAAGCACUGUGCAAUCUCUACCAGUUCCUAUGGUUACGCGCUUGUUUGCACCUCCAAAAACAUGGCAUACCUGGUUUGUGAUGUACGUUUGUGUGAAAGAAUGUUCAUCAGAAACCCAAGGGACAAACUUUUGAAAUGCAUUUAUUUUUCCAAGUUUCUGGCACACAAUGUAAACUUUAUUGCCCAUGCUCCUGUGCUCUAUAGCAAGGGUGUCAGUGAAAUGUUCAGUAAGAUCAAAUCCAUCAACAAAAGCUUUUUUUUGCAUUUUAAUUGUGACAAUACUGCUGUUUUGAAGUUUGACCAGCAGAGGUCAUCGUGGAGCAGUGUGAUAGUCUGAUACAUGGCCAUUUAGUGCUGCCUAUGCCCUUUUCACACACCUGAAAUGAAUUUGACCUAAAAUGUCAGAAUUUCAUUACUCAAUGUCCUGAGGCACUGAGAGUUAAGAUAAAGGCGAUCGCAGGUGCAUUUGUGUUUCUGCCUUGCAUUGCAGUAAAUAGUAAGUUAAUACCUCAGGUGCAAGACUGUAAAAAAUAUUGUUGAAUUUGUUGUUGCUGCCUGGUUUGGUUUGCAGUUUGCCGUGUCUAAUGGACAAAACCUCAGGAUGAUGAAGAGGGACUCGAUGAAAAGCAGACUCAUAGAGGAACCUGGACCAAAGGACUUCUCAUCAGAAGGAGAGGAGAGGAAAAAGAAAUCACCAACAAUAUGCGGCACCAACUACCCAGUGAGCAUUGGCUUCAUCGUGGUCAACGAGUUCUGCGAACGCUUCUCUUACUAUGGAAUGAAAGCGGUGUUGACCCUGUACUUCAUACACUACCUCAAGUGGGACAAGGACCUCUCCACGGCCGUGUACCACGCCUUCAGCAGCCUGUGUUACUUCACCCCAAUCCUGGGUGCUCUCAUCGCUGACUCAUGGCUGGGGAAGUUCAAGACUAUCAUCUACCUCUCCAUAGUGUAUGUCCUUGGCCAUGUGGUCAAGUCUGUUGGGGCCAUUCCAGAUGUGGGGGAUAGCACUAUGCACGUAGUGCUGUCCAUGGUUGGGCUGAUCCUCAUCGCCUUUGGCACAGGGGGGAUCAAGCCCUGUGUGGCUGCCUUUGGUGGAGACCAGUUUGAGGAGGAGCAUACGGAGGAAAGAAGGAAGUUCUUCUCCAUCUUCUACAUGUCCAUCAAUGCCGGGAGCGUCCUGUCAACGGUCAUCACACCCAUACUGAGAAGUGAUGUCCAGUGUUUCGGUGCAGACUGCUAUGCCCUUGCUUUUGGAGUUCCCGCAGUUUUAAUGAUCAUUGCUCUGGUGGUGUUCAUCGCGGGCAGUGGGCUGUACAAGAAGAGUCCCCCAGAAGGGAAUGUCCUUCUGCACGUGUGCAGAUGCAUUGGCUUUGCCAUCAGCAACAGGUGGAGGGCCACCAUGCAGGAGCCCAAGAGAGAGCACUGGCUGGACUGGGCACAGGAAAAGUAUCCGAAACGCCUCAUCUCAGAGAUCAAAAUGGUGCUGAGGGUGCUGGUCUUGUACAUCCCCCUGCCCAUGUUCUGGGCUCUGUUUGACCAGCAGGGGUCCCGCUGGACUCUACAGGCCACCCGCAUGAACAUGGACUUUGGACCAUUUGUGUUGAAGCCGGAUCAAAUGCAGAUGCUCAACGCCCUGCUGAUCCUGGUGUUCAUCCCUGUCUUUGACAUGGGCCUGUACCCGCUCAUCGGCCUGUGCAAGAUCAAACUCACGCCUCUUAGGAAGAUGGCCGUCGGCAUGAUUUUCGCUGCCCUGGCCUUUGGAGCCGCCACGUUUGUAGAGCGCAGCGUCAUUGAAACUGUGGUGGAGCCCCCACCUGCAAGGACAAGUUUGCUCCAAGUGUUGAACCUCGCACAGGAAGACGUGAGGGUGAACGUCGAGGGCCACGCAGACCUCUUUCCUCAACCAAUCAAGCCCUAUGAGGAUCCUAUGGAGUACAAGAGUGUUCAUUUGAAUGACUUUAAACAGGCCCUCACUCUCACACUGACUGUCAAUGGGGCAGAUCGCCACUGCGUUAAGACCUUCACCGAAGAGGAGGCCUAUACUCUGAUCAUAAGCAAUAGCGUCCUAAAGGCCGAUUGUAGCCUGUUAAAGGACAACAUCAUUAAAUCUGAAAAUGGAGAAGCACAUCUGAGGUUUAUAAACACCCUUUCAGAGGAUUUCAACAUAACUGUUGGAGCUAAAAGUUUCCAUGUUCCGGGGGGAGGUGCAGUCUCAAAUGGUGAAUUUGUGGACAGAGAAGAGUACCCAGCUGUGAGAUAUGAAAGCGGCUCGACGAACUCUACUUUGAACCUCGGGCUCCUAGACUUUGGUGCAUCAUACUCUAUUAUUCUGAGAGGGUCUCCAGAGAAUGUCGAGACUGUUAUCAUCGAAGAUGUCCAGGCCAACAACGUCCACAUCGCUUGGCAGGUCCCUCAGUAUGUCCUGCUGACGGCGGGGGAGGUCAUGUUCUCCAUCACAGGCCUGGAGUUCUCCUACUCACAGGCUCCAGCUAACAUGAAGUCAGUGCUUCAAGCUGGCUGGUUGAUGACUGUGGCAUUUGGGAAUGUGAUUGUGCUGAUUGUGGCAGAAGGAGCUGGCAUGGAACAGUGGAUGGAGUUCCUCCUCUUUGCUUGCCUGCUGGUUGGAGUCUGCAUCAUCUUCUCCAUCAUGGCCUACUUCUACACCUACGUGGACCCAGACCACCUCGACAAGAUGCACGGAGACGACACAGUGGAGUACACCGAGGACGACCUCAAAAAGAAUCCGAAAGACGGCGUGCAAAUGCGUGCCAUUGGAGAGGACGAUGGACAUAGUACCAAAAUGUAGCGCAGAAAUUCCUUUGCAGUAUUUUGUUGUUUACAGUUAACAUAGGUUAAGUAAACACAUCCUGGCGUCAGUCUGACAAUACUAUUUAAAAGUAGCAUCAUUGUGAUUCUCUGGCCUGUUUUUGUGGCUUAAAUAUGGAACACUUUUGAAAGAUACGCAUUGUACCGUGCAAAUCUUACCAAUGCUGACAUAAAUGAUUUUAACACGUUGCUAUUGAAAUGUGUAGAAUAGAUUAUGAAAAAAAAGUAUUUGUGCCUUGAUGUUAUUGUAAGUCACAAGA